ACCCCUCCUUCCCCUGCUUAUCAGCACUGAGCUAUCAUAUCCAUUGAACCCGCGAGUGCUCCGAUCGGCUGACGUGCGCCAACUUAGCUAGCCUGCGCCCAUGGGGCUACUUGACCAGCUCUGGGACGACACCGUCGCCGGCCCGCGGCCGGAAAGCGGCCUCGGGAGGCUCCGGAAGUUCAACACCUUCAGCUUCCGAUCGAGCUCCGGCAAGGAAUCAGAGGGAGGAGGGGACAUGAAGACGUACGGCGUUCAGGAGGCGACGCCGUCGGAGGAGGCGAUAAGAGUGACGCGAAGCAUAACGAUAGUGAAGCCGCGGGGGUAUCAGUCCGGUUCGCCGCCGGUUUCUCCGGCCGGGUCGACUCCUCCGGUAUCCCCUUUCUCCGGCCCGCGAAAAGAUGAUGAUAUUAACGAGUUAGGUACCGGUAUUAAUGGUGUCGGGAACAUGUGUACACAGGAGGUGGAAGAGGGCAGUUCCUGUUCCGAAGGAGGUCGAUGUCCGAUGCGUACGAGAAGCCGAGCGAGGCUCGACCCGGGAGCCCUCCUUCUCCUUACGACGUGUGAGCUGUGACGCCGGAGGUUCCGGCUCCCUUCGGCAAAGCCCGAGAUAACCGCGUCUGCCUCUGUUCCGGCCCCUUUCUUCUUUGCAAUGUGUGAACCUAUGCAUGUACGAAGGUGUGCGCGCAUGUCGGAAUAUGCUACCGCUGUAGGAGGAGUCUGUGUGUCAGUGCGUGUGUGAGAUGGGUCGUGAGUCGUCUCGUUGCCUUAGAAUCAAGUCUGUAGUCUGUUCUCUGUACAUAGCGCUUUCGCUUUAGACCCGAAUCCGGGCCCUUUUGCUUGUAAGUUUUGUUCCUACGUUCUUUGUUUCCUUAAA